ACCGCGUUUCGGCCGUCGGAAAUUGAGCAGUAUGUGCACAAUGCAAUCGUGCACCCAUCGCUCAUCGGUAAGAAAGCUCAAGCUGUGCUCGAAUCCUCGAAGCAAGGACCGCGGACCAAGUUUCUCGGAACCCCGUCUGUAUUACGUCUGUCGUACGACCUCAGUUUCGGCAUCCGAGGGCUCUCUCUGAUGCAUUUCCGCCGAUUCUUCCAAGAACUCGAGCAACAAUCGGCCGUGGACUCGGUAAACAUGACCAACUUUGGCAGGUCCAACGCACUCCAGCCCGCGACGCCACCGAAGAAUAUCGACGAGAUAGUUGACGCAUUCAAAACGCUGCUGUAUUUUGCGGAAGGGUUCUACAACACCACGGUCUGCAACUUUAUCAGGACCGCUACCUGUAGCAUGCUGGUCUUCUGGAUCAACUCGAAGCUGGGAAAGUUUCGCAGUCAACUCAUCACAUCGGACCUCGCGACAGCUUCGCUCAUCGGACGGGAGUUCACACGGAAUGACGGUCAUCUGAUGGAGCUCUAUCAAGCCCGGCACGACCGCCAAAUGGCCUCGCUCGUGCCAUGCAAAUCUAGCCGAGCACCGGCCAGCAAUAACUCGACUCAGCAACGGCAAGGGCGAAGUCAGAAAGUGUCAGCCGUCCCACGUGACCUGCUAGCACUAUUGCCAAAACAAGGCAACAAGUCCAUGUGCAUGCGCUACCUGUCCAAGAAGGGGUGUACCGGUCCAGCGCUAGGGCAAUGUUUCGACCUGAACAGGGCCCACUUCAAGCCUCUCGCUCUUCCCGCCGACGCGAAACAGUUUAUCGACAAAAAUUUCCUCGGCCUGGCUGCAGAGUUCCAGGACUUGUGA